UUAUAUUUUGCUUUAUCUUAGAUAAUUCAGGAAACGCAGAUAUGCAUAUUUCUUCUUAUCUGUUGAUGCAAAAAGUACGGUCAGACUUCUGCUUGUACAAAUCCUAAGUGUGUUAUAGGAAAAAGAGUUUUUUUUUACCUUUUUAAAAAUUAUAAAUAGUCUUGUAAACCACGUGUUUUGAUCGACUAGCAACUUGAGAGCGCUUUUCUCCAAAUUUUCAAAGAAUCACCGGCGAUGUUCUUUUGCUGCAUUAGGUAUUUUCUUAAUUUUGAAAUUUUAUUCUGAUUUUCGUAUUACCUUUUGAUCUGAAACUCCAAAAAGAAAAAAAAACAGUUUAACUACUGCUUAUCACUAAAAGCAAAUUAAACAUAUGUUAGAAGAAUUCCGUCGAAAUUGAUUAGUUUGGAAGUUUUCUUUAAAAAAUUCGGUUUAGGUUUUAAAGUGAAAGCUAAUACCUAAUAUUUUCGUGUCUAUCAAGGAAGAAAACUUUGAAGAUAAUCAAAGAGGAGCGGGAUCAUAUGGAUAGGAUAAGUGAGUUGCCUGAUGCGUUGCUCUUGAAAAUAUUGUCAUAUUUACCAACAAGAGAAGUUGUGACCACAAUGGUUUUAUCGAAACGAUGGAAGUAUCUUUACACGUUUGUGCAAACACUUGAAUAUGAUCAUAAGAGUUAUCCAGAUGGUGAGGACAGGAGCUUCUCGCGGUUUGUUUACAGUUCUUUGCUGUUACACGAGGCUCCAGUUCUAAAAGGGCUGUCUAUACUACUUGGUCAAAACACUGGUGCUAUAGAUAUUGGAGUUUGUGUUAGAACCGCUAUUAAACGUCAUGCCCGUCAACUGAAUAUUGAGAUUGAUGAUACUUGUUCUACUGAAACUAUCAAUCCAGUGGUACUUCCUACUAGCUUGUAUACAGGUUGUACAAUGCUUGUGAGUUUGAGGCUAAACAGUGUGGUUCUUAUGGAUCCGUCUUCCACGGUUUCCUUCCCAUCCCUCAGAACUUUGGUCCUUAUAUCAGUGAAGUACCCAAAUAAUGAAUCUGUCCCCAAGAUUUUAGCUGGUUGUCCUGUUCUUGAAAAUUUAUUCGUGAACCGAUGCCCCGGUGACAAUGUGAACCUUUUCGUAGUUAGAGUGCCCACUUUGAAGAUCCUGUUGUUACAAAAAGUAUCGGACAUCCAUGCUGACGGGUUUUUAAUAGAUGCUCCUUGUUUGGAGCUCAUGGGGAUUAAUGUAAAUACGAAAGGAUUUUGUGGUAUUGAGCAUAAUAUGCCUAAUAUUGAUGCGGCAAGUAUGUGUGUUACUUGUAAUCGUACCGAACAGAUUCUUUCUUCUCUUACAUCACUCCAGCAACUUAGAUUAUGUUUAAUGACCUCAAAGGUAACCUUUAAAUGUUUUUUUCUUUUAAAAGACCUAUCAUUCCCACUAAACUUUUGUUUACUCAUGUAACUUAUGUAGGAUGCAUAUCCUGAAGGAAUAGCAUUUAACCGGCUUGUAGAAUUGACUCUGUGUACAUGUGAACCGGAAUGGUUGAAUCUACUUAUGCGUCUUCUCAAAGAUUCCCCCAAACUAAGAGUCCUCAAACUAGAACAGGUCCAUCUCCGUGAGGCUGUGAAUCCACGGCCGUGCUGGAACGAACCUACUCAUGUUCCUAGCUGUUUAUUGUCAAGUCUUGAAACUUUUCAAUGGUCACAAUACGAAGGAAGAGAAGAAGAGAUCAAAGUCGCGCAAUUCAUCAUAAGAAACUCUGCUUGUUUGAAGAAUGCAACUUUCUAUCCUAAAUCUACUGAUCCUGUAGAGAAGCUUGAGAUGCUAAUAGAAUUAUCAGUGUCACCAAGGAGUUCUUCAAUAUGUCAGCUAGAUUUCGGUCGUGCGGCUCCUACAGCUUGGGACAUUUUUUAUCAUCACCGUUUGAUGAAACGUUUAAGACAGACAUGCCACCAGUAUGUUGAUAAAAAAAUAGUUUCCCUUAAAUAUAGAUGAUUUCUCACAUUUUUUGUUGUUGUUAAAUGGAUAUAUUUAUUUAAAGCUUAUUUAGUUUUUUUUUCGCGUCCUGCUAUUGUUCACUUGGAUGGGGGCAUUCAUGCUUUAGAAUUAUGAUUCACUAGAUCCAUGAGUCUGUGACCAUCCCUCCCACUCGAUCUCAAAUGUACAUGGUGUGAGUUAGACUCGAAGAAACCAGAGAGAAACUUAAUGUCAUUACAGCACAAAAUCACUAUCAAUAUCAGGGACAACAAGUUCAUUUUUAUUUACAUCAUGGGAUCGAUGUUUUACAUUUUGUAUGAAAAGAGUGGGAAGGGAACUGCGGUACAUAUUUUUUUAAAUAAAAAACCUAAAGCAGGACAUAGGACUUCUUUGCUGUUGAAUAUCAGGAUAUAUGACUUCUUUUGCUGCUGAAUAUCAGGUGUUUGAGUUUAUUUUUUUUCUCUGAUUCUGUAAUCUUCUUCUGAUUAUUCAUCUUAAUAUGUUUAAUCUGAGAAGAAUUUGUCAGAGAACAACAAGAGUACUCCAAUUUAUUUUUGUAUGUUCUAUUGAAAAAGCUAAAUUGGCCAAUACUUAUACACUUAAUCAUAAGCUUUGUCUCCAAGGGAAAACGACCAAUAAAAAAAAAAACAAAAACUAAACCAAACAUAAGUUAUGAUGAUUCAGUGUUUAGUUAUUGUUUGGCCAGGU